AUGAGCUUUCCGGAAAAUACAGCAUUGGCCGUUUUUUUUAUAAGCACAUUGUACCUUGCAUUUUCGCAUGGAAACUGCAACUUUCGAGAAAAGGGAUCAUUUGGCAUUAUUGGAGUCUUCGAUUUCGCCGAUUCGUCCUCUAAAGAAGCUUUUGAGAACGCCACAUCAAGUCACAAUUCUAAGGAGUGUGUUCCCAAGUUUAUGAACAGAACUCUUCUUCUUAAAAGCGACGCGAGUGUUUCGGAAAUAAUAGAACUUGCUCAGAAUGCACUACAAACUGGUCCUUGUUUUAUGGUGUAUGCAGCCGAGGAUAGCAAGGCGAGAAUAGUCCUUGAAUUUGCAAUUACCCAAGGGGUAAAUGUUAUAACAGCUAUACCACCGGUAUGUAUGAUUGCCAGGACCUUUUAUAAUUGCCACAAAACUCGACUGAAUAAGGGUAGGGAUAGUCUGCACGAAAGGAAGGACACUUCCUAAUGUUCUCUUUAGUGCAUUAAGGGGAAAGAUGGGAAUUUUCUGAAACAUUCUAUUUGCAUUGUUACAAUGAUAACACCGAAUGACCAGACAUCUUUAUAAAUGACGCCAAGUUUCCUUGGAAUCCCCUGUGAACAUGUAAGUAAAGAAUUGACAGUUUAUUUCUUCUUGAACGUGGUUUAGCCCAAAAGCGCUACAAAAAUCUCGCGGGAAAUACUAACUGGACAUUCCAAACCAGUGAUAACUGUUUAAUUUUAAAAACGUGGGGCUCGCUGUUAAAACGAACUUUUAGUUUUGACGAGAAUUAAAUGUGUUAGUCUCUUUAUUAUGCGAAUUAAAAACUGUGGAAAAAAUGAAAAAUUAAUAAAAGUAUAAUCAUUUUCAACUGCAAACGGCGACUUCCCCAGACGAGAGGUAGCUUGUCAGAGAGAGAGAAACUUGUUAUGCGAUUAAGGUGUUCAGAUGAGCAUCGUGUAACAUGAUGUCAGUAUCGGUAGUUCCCCUGCCUAUGGCGUAGAUUCACGUCUAUCCUGGGUGGAAGAGUCAAUAAUUAGCAUUAUUUUCGGGGGCUUAAUCUUUCUAAAACAAUUGAUCACGUUGUCUCCAGUUAUAGUUUAUUUCAUGAAUGACUAACAAAACAAUAUUUUUGGUUUAUUACCUAAAAAACUUGGAAAAAAAAAAAGAAAAAACAAGAAAUGAUAACAGCCCUAGCCAACUAUGCUUCAUUUCUUUCAAUUAAUUAGUGCAACGCUCCUGUAGAUUCUAAAUCAGCAAUUUUAAAGAUGGCUCAAAAUUUUAUAAUUAGUUUUUUGUGCGCUUUUUCAACCUCUUGUCACGUAAUUAAUAUUUCUUUUUUUAUUCUAUAGUUUUACCCGAAUUACCAAUACACUGGGAUACAUCAGAGUUAUGAUCCGGUCCAUGUUUCCAGCAUAAAUACAGUUUCAAGCACGGUGACGAAGAGAGACGCCCUCUUAGCACUCUUAGGAAAGUUAAACUGGAAAAAAUUUUUGGUGGUGACGGACAGUGAGCCCAGCUCAAAUUACUUCGUAAAUUUAUUGAAGGAAUCCCUUCAUCCAAGGAAUUUGAAUUUGACAGAGUGGCUGGUAUACAAUGAAGAUAAUUUUGAUUAUUUUGAAAAAAAAUUAGAGACUGAUGCUAGUAAUAUCAUUUUGAUAACGAAUAAUCUUUCACUCGCUGAACAGAUACUCAGCGUAAAAGAAGAUUUUCCAUCUUGGACUUGGAUUUUCCUCUGUGAUUUGGAUGUCGGAAGCUUAGGCUCCCAAUGGCAUUGGGAUUACGUUUAUACCAUAACUCCAAAAUAUUCUCUUAACGUUAAGCUUAGUGAUUUUGUGGACGAUGCAGUGAGCUCAAUUAGCCACACCGUAACAGGAAAUGGACGCAAAGGGAAAGCCUUCUCUUGUCCAAAGAUUUGUACAUUUAGAAGGUAAAAAAAACAAUUUGUGUUUAGAUAUUUACCAAAUCGACAUUGAUUUAAUGUAUUCUGUGGUCUGUACUCUGCGUCCCGUAGGUCCGCGACGUUUUAACCAUUGUUAUGUCGAAUAUCGUUGUCGAUAAGAGUACAGACCACGCGAAACUUUUGAUUUGUUUUUUACCUCAAGAUCGAUGUAAAAAUUUUCAAGACAUCUACAUUUGUGAGGUGAUAAAGACAUUUCGUGACACGUUGACGCGAGUGGCAUUUUUUGUAUUCCGACAUUACUGAUAAUUGUGGUAAAAAAGAAUCUCUCUCAUUCUGUAAAAGUACUAGUGCAAAUUGCUAAGGAUUCUUUGAGUCACUUGAAAUAAGUGAGUAACGGUUAAAAGAUUCAAGAAAUAACUUGCUAGAUACAAGAUGUUAGAUAGAUGCUGGACGAAGAAGAGCGUCAUGUCUUAAAAAAAUAAUUUAAUGUAAUUAUUCAUUUUGCCUUAGAGAACAAUACAUUCGCUCUCUGAAGAUCGUCACAUUAGAAAUCCUAAUAGUGAAAAUGGUGACAUAUUCUCGUCCAUAAGAGCUACUUCUCACAGUUUACAAAGCAGAAACUACAACUAAAGCCAGCUAACCUAUUUUUUCAGCAAUCUAAUUGAACCUUGUCUUGGGACCAUAAUUUAAUGCUAUUAAAAGUAGGUUAUUAUCAAAAUGAUACCGAAAAUGAUGUGUCUAUUCUCCUUUUCAGACUUCUAUCUGAAGUAAACUUUCACGGUUCUUCAGAUCCUGUUGAGUUUGAUCAGCAGGGCAACCGAGUGCCCCUUCGCUACGAUGUUAACAGAAUGGAGUACAACGAAGAUCAGGAUAUGUUUGAACUUGAACAUCUUGGUUAUUGGUCUAAUGGAAAGCUCUCAAUGGAGAAAAAAGGAGAAGACCUUAAAAUCCUUCUAAACGAGUACCCACCCAAUGUUAUGUCCCAACCGAAAAAAGUUGGCGAACCAUGCCAGCCUGGCUCUAUGUUGUGCUCUAAAACUGUCGAAGGAGAGGAGAUAAAGCGUUGCUGCUAUGGCUUUGUAAUCGAUGUGUUAGAAGUGAUAUGCAACGAGAUGGAAAAAGUUCCAAAGUUAUUGUUUAGUCUAGACGGACAAUAUGGAAUUUACGAUGAAGCAAAUAACAGUUGGAAUGGCGUGGUUUCAGAACUACUUAGUGGAAGGGGUGAUAUAAGCUUUGAUCUCUACAUAAGCUCUCGCAGGGCCAAUGUUGUCGAUUUUACUGAACCGUAUAUGCCUUCAGGAAUUCGCCUUUUGGCAAAAGAGAAGAAACGUGAAGACAAUCAAAUUUACUGGGUGUCUUAUCUUAGACCUUUCACUCCUCCAGUUUGGCUUACUCUGCUUGGAAGCUUAGGUAUAAUGAUUAUCUUCCUAUGGGCAAUGGACAAGAUUAGUCCGAUCAGAGGAUCAAAGAAGCUGUUCCAUCCAAACUCUUCAUUUGGUCUCGACAACGCAGUUUGUUUCGCUCUCGCUCUUGCGUUUGGUCGCCCAGCGGACGAGUCAAAACCAAAAACUAACGGCGCUAGGCUUGCGUCAGUUGCAUUUGGAAUGGCAAUGCUGGUUUUUGUGUCAACAUAUUCGGCUAAUUUGGCUGCUUUUCUCAUCGUUGAUGAUAAAAGUCCCCCUGUGGAAGACAUUUACGACAUCAAGGUAUAUCUUACACAUAACUGACCUUGCUUAAGUAGCUUUAUCUCUAUUUUUUUGUUUUUCGUUCUUUCCCGCCUUAAAUCAGUAGAUGGAGUCGGUUUGUCUCUAAGUAGCUUGAGUCUCUUACUGAUUAACACGGUUCAUGCACAGUUUGAGACACCCAAGACAAAAUGACAGGUAAGCUUGGAAAGUCUGGAUAGGAUUCCAGUUCCCUAACCUCACUUUUGCCAUAUUGUUGUAUAUGCGCAAAAGGACUUUUGAUAUAUUUUUGGCCCGUUAAAAGGAUUUCAAUUUCAGCAGUACACCGAUGGUUUUAGUAGCUAUUACCGACACUUUGAAUACUAUGCAAGUAGAUUAUUGACUGUCACAUUGGAAGUUAACCUGUUUUAAUGAGUAGCAACAUUACAAGGAAACAAAAAUGGAAGAAGACUUUAAGACGAGGAAUGAUCUCAAGUUUAUGUUCUUAAUACGUUAAUUUAUUAAUUAAUUAAUAAUUGAAUUAUUAAAGAUGUAAUUUGAAAUCGGUAAAUUUGUUAAAAAAAAUUUGAUCGUUUCGAAAUACUUAAACAUAUAUGAACUAUGUAAUGGGCCGCGCUCACCGCAGAGUCUCUGUGGCUCAGUGGUAGAGUAUCGGAGCGCGGAAUCGGAAGGUCUGAAGUUCGAUUCCUCGUGGCGACUUUUCUCUAUCCCACGUUUGUGUCAAGACGAAAAACAUCUUUCUCACUAAUACUAUUAUAAUGAAAAUAAAGGAGAGUUUCCUAGAUUGUAGACAGACGACUUCAAAUAAUACCUCAAGGUUAAAUGCAACAAGGAGCAGUUUGGAUUCAUUUCUGAAUUCUUUUUUUAUUUGACCGUAAUCUGCCUAAUAAAUACGUUUUUCUCUCUUCAUCAAUAUAGAUUGAGCGACCACCGGAUGGCUUUAAGUAUGGCACUAUUGACGGAUCUUAUAUGGCCGACUACUUCAAGAACAGUGAAAAUGCAUAUUUUCGCCACGUGUGGUAUCACAUGAAAGAAAACAAUGUUAAAAGUCUUCGGGAAGGAGUUGAAGCUGUCAAAACAGGGUUUGAAACUUUUGAAUCUUCGAGCACUAUUCGUAUUUUUUUUCUGUGCUUGAAAAUUAUGCCAAAAAAAACGAACUUGAAUGUACAUGUAGGCGAUAGAUAGAGGCACAAAAUAUCAGUUAUCUAACAACCAUGUCAACUGAUUAGACCAAAAACAUUGGACAUCAAUCACCUAAUUACUUAUCAAUUUGGAUUAUUGAAAUGAAAGAAUGAUCAACCUCUGGCAGUGAAAAACGAGUUAUGGCUUUUUUUAGCCCCCGCUUGCUUUUCCACUAUUAUCAAUAAUGAGUUAUUAAGGGAAAUCAUCUAGAUAUAAGGUUACCGUUACAAAAUUAGAGAAAAAAUUCAUUUUGGAAAAUAAAACACAACAUACACACAAAAACAACAAUAUUACAAACCUCACAUCACUUUGCUUGAUUUUUAUGAACAGGAGUCUGGACGUUUUCGUCGCAGAUCACGGGGGCCUGGAAUACGAAUCAAGGAAUGAUCUUCAUUAA